CAUUACAAAGGGUAACAUUUCAGUAAAGAAAAUUCCUAUUAUUUUAUCUAAUAUAAAGCUAACCUGAAUAUUUGUUCGUUGUCUAGAUCAAUGUCAAAUCUUACCCGUUUCGGAUUAUUUGAAUUCCUAUGAAAAAGCAUAAAAUAUUUUAAGUAAUGUGAAUUUGGUAAAAUUGAAUCAUUAAAAGGACAUUAUGAAUAGACUGGCUCGAACACAACGUGAUAUUAUUCGAAGUGACAUUGAGACGGCAGAUGAAACAAUACCGAAAUCAACAAUAGCAUCUGACAUUGUUAAUGGAGAACCGGAAAGGUCUCCUGGAUACCCAUUCGAUGUAGACGACAGGAAGAACGACGACAAUGAAGAUCACAAUACGGUUCCCUGUUGUUGCAGAGGGCUUCUGUUUGGGCUUGGUUUGCUUUCCCUGCUAGCUGGUGGCAUUGUGCUGAUUGUGUUGUUUAAGGAACCAACUCCAGAUGCAUCCAGAGGCGUAAUUACAGAUAACGAAGUUAAAGGACAGUGUAACUCUUUGGUCAGCUUUUCUUCUGUAAGGUUAGACUGUGUUUUGAAAAACAGGCCAUACUUCUUAAACAAUGGAACUGUCGAAGCAGCAUAUAGGAACGGAUCAAUGCUGCCAGCAGAUGCAGUCAACUGCAUGAAUGGCACGAAUAGUUCGUCUGUGGUGUGCAAUAUAACAUAUGCGGUAAAGUGCAGCUCCCGUGAAUCUCUCUUCGUUAAAUUCCUUGACAGCAAUAAGGACGUCGUAUUCAAGCAUACAAUUAAUGCUGCAGCUCCAGUCGGCGAGAUGUACACACAUAUUACACAAACAUUCACGAAUAAUGUAACUACAUCUGAAUUUGAUUUAGAAUGUUGGUAUAAUGAUACUUGUUACAGCUACUACAUUGGAUUUUACAAUGAAAUUGGUACCGAAAUAAAAGAUGGUAAAGAAUGUACCAGCUCAUAUUCGGAUGAUGAUGGAUAUACAACAAAGUGUAGAAGUGUAGUCUCCGGGGAUGUAAUGCUGGAAUAUACCAACGGUUCCCGACUGUAUUGUGAAGCUAGAUUCGGAAGUAUGAAUAUUACUCGAAAAGAGUUUGAGUUUCCAAACUGCGCAACGUUAAAUUCCACAAAUACAGCCUGUAAUAAUCCCGACAUUGGUCCCUUUAACUGCAGCAGUAUGGAUAGAGAUAAAAAUUGCUCUCAGGAAUGUACUGUGGCAGAAGAAUGUCUCCCUUCAAGAUUCAAGAAAGUGGAAAACAUAACUUGCCCUUGUGUCUUAAAAUGGUGCAGACAAGACGAUGAUUUUAUAUGUUCUUAAAACACAGUUCGAUUAUUUAUAUCCCAGCGUCAGUGUACAUAAAUUGUUAAUGGUUCUAAGCAAGCUAAUAUCUUCUUUAAUCACUUGAAACUUCACUCGUGCGCAUGUUUUGUACUAUUAAAUUGCCUACCGAAAGAUGCGGAAAAAUAUCUAAAUUUAACAAAUCGUAUUAAUACAAAUAAAUGGAAUAAAACAAGACAUACAUCAAAACAAAACAAAGAACAAAAAAAGUUGAAAAGUCGUAGAAAUAGAUCUUGUAUGAGGACAACGUACUGUGAAGAGUUUACUUUGACAAAAAUGGAAACGAUAGCAAUGGCACAAUUUAAAUCACAUAGGAGUAAAGAAGAUAUUAUAAAGACAAUAGGAUUAAACAUAAUAGACUGAAAAUGCAAUAUAUGACCAUGGGAGUUCCGAAACAUCCUCUAAGAAAUCUAUAAAUUUUAUUAUAACUUAAAUUUUAUUAAUGAAGACAAAAGAAUACAUGCAAUUUUACAGUAAGGAAGGGUUGGGUUUUAUGUUGCCUAAAAUUACGAAUUUAGAAUACAUCAAUGAUUAUUAUAGAUAUGAAUUUUGUAUCAAAAUGUUGGUGAAUAUGUGUUUUAUCUCAUUCUUGAUAUCACCUAGACGCAAAAAGUACUGUAACUGACUUUUUCAAAAUUUUACAGGAGACAUAAAAAAACUGAUUUGUUUAUUUCCAGUAAACCUUUUUAAUACCAUACCAUAGUGUGAUGUUAGUAUUUAUCAGACAGAUUUAUUUUCUUUUAAACACUUUGAUCAUUCAUGUAUGACCAUAAAAAGUAAUUAAAUAUUCUUUUCCAGUUACAUGACUCUUUGCGCUAAUUUUAUUACGCGCAAAAAAAUCAUGUAAGUGCAGUUACCAGAGUUUUUGCACUAAUUUUAAUGUGAAAAAGCCAGGUUACAGUAUUUCAUAUAUAUUUUAAAAAUGCUCAGAAUGUAGUUAUUUCGUAAAUAAAGCCAAAAAGUGUGUCCAGCGUUACAAUCACAUUUAAUACAUCAAAAAAUAUAGUUGAACUAGAGUAACAGCUUGCUUUAAAUCAAGGAUGCAGAUACAGUUAACACAAAAAUAAUUAUCAUAAUCAGAACGGAAGAAACAACAACAACAGUGAAAUCUAUUUUACAUGAGUGACAAGUUCUCCUAAUAGUGAUGGUAGGCAGAUGGAAUUAAAUUCUUUCUGCAAAGACUUAUUACCCAAUCAUUACUUUAAAAUUAUGUCUCUUGACAAUUUUGGUUGAUUGGCAUCUCUAAAAAGCGGGUAAAGUUUGGGCAGUUGUGAUCUUUUUCUAAAGUUUGAUUUUAACCGAAUUGCUAUUUCUAUUUCCACCAAUCCAUUUUAUUUGAACCAAUCAGACGACUCGUUUCAACAAGCGUUUGACUAGAAGGGACUGGGCUCAAAUUAUGGCUUAAAUCAUUUUCUUUAGAAUAAAAGUUUCGUCAUGAUGAACAUAAUAACAUUAAUCUAACCCGGGCCGCUGCGGCAGUUUGGUGCAGUUGACGAUCUUUUACUUAUUUAGACUUUUUUUUAGUUGAAUAGUUGGGGAUAAUAUUAGUUAAUUGAAUAAAAUUUGUUUUAGCAGGUAAAGAUUUAAAAUGUUGGUUUGUAUGUAAUGGAAAAACUUCUGUUUACAAGAAAAACACGAAGGGUAAUGAAAAUGCAGUACGUGGUUGUGACCGUUUACUUUUGCAAGAUGUAUUCGUGCUUUAUUUAAUGCUUCUUUGUGAAAUACUGGAAUAAAAAAGUGAAAAUAU